GUAUACCAGUCGGUCGUUGAUGAAGAUAAUAAUGAUAUAUACUGUAUCUGUCGUGAACCAAGUUUUGGACAAAUGGUUGCAUGUGAUAAUCCCAAUUGUAAGAUUGAAUGGUUCCAUUAUGGAUGUGUUGGCAUCGUGAGAGCACCCAGAGGUCAAUGGUUCUGUCCUGACUGUACAAAGGCAAUUGAAAUGAAGAAGAAAACCGCAAAGGUAAAA